AAAACGACACCACCACACUCGAUAUAUAACAAACCAAAACCCACGCUGGUUCACAGGCAGUAGUUACGUGUUGUCUCUGACCCAGUUUGCACACUCCUCAAUAACUCAUCGAAGAUUUCUUGUGGUCUAUCUGAUAUUAGAAGUAGAAGAAAGAAAGAGAGAUGAAGGAUCAAAAGAGUGAAAGUGGUGGUGGGUAUGUGAGAGCAGAUCAAAUAGAUCUCAAGAGCUUGGACGAACAACUGCAAAGGCAUUUAAGUAGAGCAUCGACGGUGGAAAAGAACAAAAGCAAGAACGAUGGAGAUCAAGGCGAAGGAGAAGGAGAAAGAGAAACGCAAAGACUCACCCAGAAUAAUAACAGUACAACCAUAACUAGUCAUGAAUGGGAGAUUGACCCCUCCAAGCUCAUCAUCAAAAGUGUUAUAGCUCGUGGCACCUUUGGCACCGUUCACCGUGGCAUUUAUGAUGGCCAGGAUGUUGCUGUUAAACUUCUUGAUUGGGGGGAGGAAGGACACCGAUCAGAGGCCGAGGUAGCUUCUCUGAGAGCUGCUUUUACACAAGAAGUUGCCGUUUGGCACAAGCUUGAUCAUCCUAACGUGACUAAGUUUAUUGGGGCUGCAAUUGGCUCAUCAGAGUUAAACAUACAAACAGAGAAUGGUCAAAUUGGCAUGCCAAGUAACAUUUGCUGUGUUGUUGUCGAAUAUUGCCCUGGGGGUGCUUUGAAAUCUUACCUCAUAAAGAAUAGGAGAAGGAAGCUUGCUUUUAAAGUGGUUGUUCAAUUGGCACUAGAUCUUGCACGAGGGUUGAGCUAUCUCCAUUCUAAGAAGAUUGUCCAUAGAGAUGUCAAAACUGAAAAUAUGCUUCUGGACAAGACACGUACAGUGAAAUUAGCUGACUUUGGGGUUGCUCGCAUCGAGGCAUCAAAUCCUAAUGACAUGACUGGCGAGACUGGAACGCUUGGGUACAUGGCACCAGAGGUUCUCAAUGGCAAUCCGUACAACAGAAAGUGUGAUGUGUACAGUUUUGGUAUCUGCCUGUGGGAGAUAUACUGCUGUGACAUGCCAUAUCCCGAUCUUAGCUUCUCAGAAGUGACAUCUGCUGUUGUGCGCCAGAAUCUGAGGCCAGAAAUUCCUCGUUGCUGCCCGAGCUCUCUUGCGAAUAUAAUGAAGAGAUGCUGGGAUGCUAAUCCAGACAGACGGCCGGAGAUGGAGGUGGUUGUUUUCAUGUUAGAGGCAAUUGACACGUCCAUGGGUGGAGGUAUGAUCCCCCUUGAUCAGCCUCAAGGUUGUCUCUGUUUUCGCAGGUACCGAGGGCCGUGAAGUAAACUUCGUCCAAUUCGUCUCAUGUUCUGUUCAAGACACUGGCUUAAAGAGCUGAGGGUAGAGUCUGCGGAGACUAUAGGCUAAGAAGAACCUUGCGAUACCGGUUUCUUUACUGGACAAUGGAUUCUGUAAAGCUUUAUUUAUGAAACUUGAACAUUAGUUCUUGCUCUGUUUUUAUGUUUCUUGAUCAAUUGAACGUUAAUAUGAUGGAUGGGCGGGCCCUAUACACCCUUUCUGGUUGA